UUCACUUGUAGUAAAAUAAUAACGAAAAUAUAGUCAAGGCAUGGAUGCACCACUUUCACCGGUGAUUUACGUUGCUUUCAUAACCAGUCUAUUGGAUAAUGUGAUAAAUGUAGAAAGUACAUGUACGUUGCCGCAAUAUUUGAUUGGUGAAUGGAUUGAUGUUGCUAAAAGUCUAAGCAUAAAAUUCCAGUCAACGACUCCAAAUCUACUCGGAUGGCAAGCUCUUAUUACUGGCGAAGUUUUGCAGGAUCAGACGUGUAUUAAGAGUACCGGAAACGUCUUUGUUUUUGAAGGACGCUAUGUUGAUAUGAACACGUUACAAAACCAGUACUACUAUAUGUGUAUGAAGAUUACUAAGAUAUCUGAUGAUGUGCUAUAUUACUAUCUCCUAUCAAGUAAGACUAUUCACUAUACAUGA